CUCAAGUGGGCCCUCUAGAAAACUAAAUUCCAAUGAGACGAAAGUGGCUCCAAAAUCGAAAAGUUGCGACUUGUGCAACAAGGAAAACCAUCCUGUCCGUGUAUGUCCGCGUUUUCUCCAAAUGUCGGUUGACGACCGGUCAGCCUACAUAAAACAGAAGCAGUUAUGCUUAAACUGCUUUGCAAAUGGACAUCAGCUUCAUGAGUGCAAAAGCACGCACAAUUGUUUUACUUGCCGUGGCCGGCAUCACACGUUGUUGCACCGAAACAACCCCUUUUCCAGCAAUUCAAGCCCUUCAAAUCCUGCAAGGCCAAUUUCCGCUAAUCAGGCCAAUUUCGUUCCAAAUGAGCAAGCCGGUGUUCAAAAUAAGUUCGCCACGGGCUCAAGAGCUAUCCUUCUUGGCACUGCCGUAAUCAAUAUUUCCCAUCUUGGCACUAACUUUAAGGCACGCGCCCUGAUCGACUCCGGAUCAGAGGCAACAUUCGUAACCGAGCGACUCUUCAAUCUAAUUAGAUUACCAUUCCAGGUGGUUCAAGCCCAAGUCUCAGGCUUAAACCAAACAGUCCAAGAAGCUCUGCAGCUUCACCAUCCGAUCUCCGACUAGGCCCGCGUUGCAUUUGGAGACGACGGCCUAUGUCCUCCCUCAACUAGCCGGAAAUCUGCCUUUCUACCCAAUUCCGCAAAAUUUCCUUCGGGAUCUUCCCGAUUUUCCACUGGCGGAUCCAAAAUUCUAUGAGAGCGCACAAAUAGAUGUCCUUAUCGGAGCCGACAUUCUGGCUUCGGUGCUUCUGAGUGGAGCAAAAACCAACAUCUGUGGCUCUCUCUUGGGGCAAGAGACCAUUUUCGGCUGGGUACUAACUGGGCCAGUGUCAGCCUCAGCCCAAAGCAGAAUUUCCUCCUUUCGACGCAGA